AUGCCGAGCAACAAGAAUCCGGACGGAGGUGCAGAGACUUUCUCAAGGGUCAAAUCACACGUCUUCCGAAACCACGACCCAACUGUACGAUGUCAAAGGUGCUGGGGAACAUUCCCCAGCAAGACGGAGACAUUGGCCGAGCACUGCGGGAGAAACAACUGCAUGGUCAAGGCCUCGCCGACCAAGUACUGGAUGACUGAAGAGCAGCGACAUCAGGUGCGCGGUCAACGAUUUGUAGGUUCCGGCGAAGAAAACUGGUACCAUUUGUUCCGCCUUCUCCUGCCAGAUGCAAUGCUCCAGGACCAGCUUGGAAACUACACCGUGUCCCCAUAUUACGUUCCGCUCGAUGAAUGCCUCACCCCAUCGAAUUCUUCAGGGCCAACAUCACAGGAGACGGGGAGAGACACCCAAGAGCUACUCGUGCCUACACAAAAUUUUCAGGUCUUACACAGCUCCUUAAGCGACACUCCGCCUUUGAAUCCGCCGUCCUCUGAGCUGCUGAUGGCCUCGCUGGAUCUCUGGCCUGCCAAUACGCCCUCUUUCGUGUCGGACCCGCAAAUCGACCUCACAGAGCAGGCGAACUCGACGCUGGGUAACUCCAACGGUAUCGCGACACACCCUUCGGCAUCUCAGCAGAGUGAGUCUUACCAGAUCCAUCAGGGAUCCCAAGUAGGCCUAUGGCAGGAAGGUACAGGAAGUGUAAACACCUCUCACGACGGCGAGAACUUGGAUGACAACGAAAACCACUCGACGAUGCAAGGCGCUGCGGGGCCCCAGCCUUCCUUCGCCAGGUCUUCAAGCUUAGAAAACGAGCGCCUGCGGCGGAGUAUCCGGCAUUUAAGAGAGCAGAACACACAGCUGUCCCAGGAGAGAGACGCAGCACGAAGACAGUUGGAUGCGGUAAGGACCCGCAUCAACUCUCUGGAUCAGCUGCUCGAGGACGUCAUGUAUCGUGAGGGGAUUGCGCCUGAGGUGUUUUGUGAUCUUUUAAGUUCUAGCAUGGCACUGGCAAACCUGAGGGGUGAACUGAUGUAGGUUGCUAGGAGGAUUAUUAAGCCGAGUUGAGUUCAGACUUGGAACUCGGGAGGUUCAUCAUCACUCAACUUUGUUAUUUACCGU